AUGCUGAUUAGCGGAGAUGACAUUAGUAACGAAGUCAUUACUCUUGGCACGUGUUUUUCAGUGUUUGUCAGACAUUCGCAGACUAAGGGCUUUAUAUCCAAUAGGCGCUUAUACAACCGGGAUAGAAAAAGCGCUUCGAAACAAGCUAUAGCAGUGCUUAUUAUAUUAGGUUUUGCAUUUACGUCUAUUUAAUCAAGGUUCGACACGUCAUAAUAAAUCAAAUUCAAUUUGAGCUAUUAGCUACAGGCGAGUUUAUAUCCGAUGGCGAGCUUAUAACCGCAUGAUUUUUUCGCACCCAGUAGAUACUAGCCUAAAAGAGGGCGGAGGCGGGAGGGGAGGGGUCUUAUAAGGGCCGGGCCGGGGUUCAACGUAUAAGUCAACUCCCUUCAUGAGUUAAAACUGGACAGUUAAUUAGCGUCUAAUAUCUUCCAAUUGUGAUAGAUAAAGUGACCAAUCUGGCCGAUACGAUUCGAUACGAGGCAUCGAUACUUUAUUUAUCCUAGAGUUUACGCUUAGUUAAUCAGCUAGUUUACUAGUUAUAUUAUUUAACGGCCCUAGUUUAUUUUAAAAAUUAAAAACUAAAAAUGUGCAAUUAUAAUUCGCAUAACCAUAAAGCUAAGAACUAAGAAUCUAUAAACGAUUCUUAAGUUCCAAACAAUCCCUCUCUGUGGUAAUUACUAUAUGGGGCAUACUGAACCAGAAUAUUCAGCAAAAGAACCCAACAGAGAGUUUUAAUCCAUCAUGGCAAAACCAACAAGCCCCGUUGCUCAUGCGCACUUCUAAUAAAAGGACGCAACGCGAAAGACCGUUUUGACACGACGUCACGGCGGCAAUAUUAGAGUACGGGAAAAAAAUCCUCUCGGGAUUGAACUCUUCCUCAUGUAAACUUUUUUCAACUUUCAAAAAAUUCGCAUUGUAGAUGAUCGCGUCAGUGAAAACGAUCUAUACAAUAACUGUCGAUCAGGUAUUUCAAAAUUUCAUGUUUUUUUUUCCUUGAAAAGAGAGAGAACCAUUUGUGAGGAAAGUACUGGUUUUAGAGCCGUGUUCGUUGUACAAAGUGGAUUUAAAGCGAGUUCAGCAAGCUGGAACGGAUGUCAGUGCAGAUUUUGACAAAGAAGAUGUGAAAACAGCGCGCUGGUGAGAAUAUAUACAGCAGAUAAUUUUUAACAUCUAGACGUAACAUUAGAUGAUUAGAUUUGCUUUAGCAAUCAGCUGCCAAGCACCAUUUACCAAAAGUGAACUCGAUGAGGCUCCCUCCCAUAGCCAAAAGUAGGCUAGAAGAAACAAAUACAAUCGGCGACAAAAUUAGUUGAGACCAAGAGCCAUGCUCUUGUUGAGACACUUUGCAUUAAACGGUCUUUCUAAGUUUUGCUAAUUUAAAAAAUGGAAACUUAUCACUUUCUCUCCCCCACCCCCUCCAUGCAAUGUUAUGCUGCUGUUCGAGCCACCAGUAGAAAACAACAAACAGACAAACACCCUGACUUUGAAUGGAUGGGAGAGGGAAGGGAUGUGGAUUGAUUUGUUCACCAAAGUUUAAUGACAAUGUCUUAACAAUUUUGUGGCCGAUUGUGUGUAUUUUUCAACGUUUCUUAUUCUAAAGACAUUUUGAGUGCCUACUUCGUUGCUAUGAAGUAUGAAAAGACACUGAAGAGAAAUGAAUUACUUCCACUUAACUAUGCUUAUUGCCUACUAUGCAUGUAGGUUCGGAGAUUUAGAACGAGAGGCUCAAGAACUUGGACUUCAAAGAGCUAUUGAAGUGAUUUGCUUGUUUAGCAAGUUGUAUCCAUUUGCAAUUGACGACGUUACAACUAUUCCUUUCGCCCAG